UGUUGAUCGUGGGAAUGUUGUGGUCUCUCCGGGCGUCUGAGUUCCUAGUUUUAUAGCCGUUAAAGUGAUGUGACCGAACCCUUUCCGAGCCUCUCAAUGCACCGGCUGUUGUUAUGCAAGCGGGGCUGAUAAAGUCGCUGAGUUUUAGAAAUGAGGUGGCAGACUUUUUCUAUCGUUGCACUUCUCCUUCAAAGCACAAUGGUUUCCGCGUCUGUGUUUGUUGUGAAAGUGGACGUGAGGAGACCAGUGGCGGAGCUGAAGCAUUUCUGGAGAAGCACCGGUUUCUGCCCUCCACUGCCUCACACUGAAGCCGACCAGUUCGACUUGAGCAUCGACCAGCAGCUGAACUUGGCUUUUGUGGGCUCAGUUCCACAUGAAGGGAUCCAGCAGGUCCGGAUUCACUGGAUGUUGGAGCUGAUCUCUGCUGAAGUAAACAAUGGACAACUGCUGUUCAAUUUCACCAAGCUGGACCAGCUUAUAGAGCUCCUGUGGAUGAAUGGACUUAAACCAGGAUUUGAACUGAUGGGCAGCGUCUCAAACUACUUCACUGAUUUCGAAGACAAAGCCCAGGUUGUGGCGUGGAGGAACCUGGUCUACCAGCUUGCCCAGAGGUACAUCGACAGAUAUGGUUUGGGACACGUCUCUCAGUGGAACUUUGAAACUUGGAAUGAGCCCAAUAACCACGACUUCGAUAAUGUCAGUGUUUCAAUUGAAGGGUUUCUGAACUACUACGAUGCCUGUUCGGAAGGUCUGCGCGCCGCCAGCAGCAUGUUAAAGUUUGGGGGUCCUGGAGACUCCUGUCACUCUCCCCCACACUCACCGUACUGCUGGGCCAUGCUCCAACACUGCUACAACGGCACCAACUACUUCACUGGAGAGACCGGAGUCCGACUAGACUACAUCGCUCUGCACAAAAAGGGCGGCGGCGCCUCCAUGCCAAUCCUGCAGCAGGAGGUCCAGACUAUGGAGGAGAUUCAGAAGCGCUUCCCUGCCUUCAGCAACCUGCCUGUUUACAACGAUGAGGCCGACCCUCUGGUGGGCUGGGCCCGGCCUCAGGAGUGGAGGGCAGACGUCACCUACGCUGCCAUGGCGGUCAAAGUGAUCCAGCAGCAUCAGGACCUUCUGCUUCGGAACACAAACAGCAGUAUCAACUACACGCUGCUCAGCAACGACAACGCCUUCCUCAGCUACCAUCCUCAUCCCUUCACCCAGCGCACGCUGCUGGCUCGAUUCCAGGUCAACAACACUCGCCCGCCUCACGUGCAGCUCAUCCGGAAACCCAUCCUCACUGUCAUGGGCCUGCUGGCUUUGCUGGGCGACGCUCAGGUCUGGGCGCAGGUGUGGGACCCAGCUGGGGACGACAACAGCACGGUGGGAGUCCUGGCCAGCACACACGAAGCCAAAACAUCCGGCAGCUCAGACAGCUGGCAGACGUCAGUGCUGAUCUACUGCAGUGACGACAACAGAACCUCCAGCCAGACCCAUGAUGUCACUGUCUCCCUGGAAGGACUGGCUCCACGGAGAGGGUUCUUCUCUUCAGAUCUGGUCUACGUCGCCUACUACAUGGACAACAAUGUGACCAAUCCGUACCGGCUGUGGCAGAGCAUGGGCAGCCCCAGCUUCCCCACGCCGGAGCAGUUCAGGCAGCUGAGGAGCAUGCAGGACGCUCAUGUGGACGGGCCGUGGCCACUUCCUGCCGGAGACAAGCUGACUCUCAAGUUCAAACUCCUCCUGCCAUCUGUGCUUCUGCUGCACGUGUGUGCUCGACCCCAGGCUGAGCCGGAGCAGGUGAAUGGGCUGCGCUUCAUCCGGAUCACCAGAGGUCAAGUUCUGAUCGUCUGGUCCGACCACUGUCUCCAUUCCAAAUGCAUUCUGACCUUUGAGGUGGAGUUUUCCCGCAGCCGGACAAGUUUCCGCCGAGUCAACGAACAAAACGUGGCCUUCAGCUCAUUUGUUUUCUCACCAGUGGACGAGGAAGUGAACGGUUGGUACCGAGUCCGUGCAGUGGACUACUGGGGGAGGCCUGGACGCUACUCGCUCCCUGAGGAGUAUUCUGAGGUCAAAAGAUGAGGAGCACACGUGCCAACUUCUUUUUAAAGAUUCAUUUGUAAAAACUGCAUGCAAGGAGUCAUUGUGCAUGUGAUCCUGAGCAGUGGCUCUCUACUUUGUACAUUUUUUCAAUUCCAUUUUUUCAGUUUUAUACAUGUGUGACUGAGGCUGGUGUCAGCUUCUGUCUUCUGUGAAAAUAUUUGCUGACUUUCUGUUUAGUUACUGCUUUUAAGUCGUGCUUUUUUUAUCCUCAGAUGGAGAUGAAUAAAACACUGUUUUCUUAACAAAAUUUAUUUCCUCGACACGUGUGGUGUUGAACUUCAGCGGAAGUACAAUUGAUACUGACACGUGUCAUGUGACAAGUUUUGUUGUCUGUGUCUUGAUGGCGAUGAUGAUGAUGAUGAAGAUGAUGAUGAUGGUGGUGGUGGAUUAGCAAGCACCUGCAGGGAUUAAAGAGAGCAGGUUCAAAUGAAGACUCAUGUUGAGACAGGAAAUCAUUGAAGCUUGGU